UGUUUGAAGCUGGUUGCUGGUUGCUGGUGGCAGUAAGAUGGCCGCGCUGCUCUCCGUGAUCCAACUCUCCGAUGACUCGGUGGAGGCCGUGUAUGAGGACGGAUCCCGGCUCUGGCUGGCACCGUGCGGUACCGAGUUCGUGAUAGAAAGGUCCGAGGAUGGAGCUCACCCACUGCGGACACCGGAGAGGAGGAAACAGAGGACUGAGUUUGUAACAAGCUGCUGCCGGGAUAAAGUGCUCCAAAUACUGACCUUCCGCAACACUUUUUCCAGUCGUCCAUUUCUGCCAUUGAGUAUUGUUCCCAAAGAGAAAACAGUUAGUCUGUUGUCUGAGAUUUCAGAAGUUGUGUGGCCUGAUUCUGAAGAUGAUGAUCACUGUAAAACUUAUGUUGCUUGUCUUGAGGAUGGUGGUGUAAAGGUCUCUUCUCUAGAUGGCAAUGGCCAUUUAUACAUGUCUGCUCUGCAAAAAGAAUUCACUGUGGAGUUUUUGUGCCAGCUAAGCAGCAAGGUCGAAGUGUCAAUUCAUGCCUCCGAAAGCCAUGAUGAGGGGAUUACCAAAGAUCUGAAAAACUGCCAUUUAAGUCAACAAACCGAUAGCACAAGGGACACAGAAAGGGAAGCAAAUAUUGCCAACACGAAUACAUGCAUUACCACAUCUAAGUAUUCUUCUUGUGUUAUACGAGAAAGAGAAGAUUCUGGUUUCUAUUCUACAAAGCAUGCAUUCCAAUACACGUGGCUGGCCCAGUGCUUUUCGGUUGCAUGUUGUCCGGAAGCAUUCCUUUAUCCCAUGUCCUUGGCACUACAUGUCCAAAAUAAAAUGUCUCCAGACGAAGAAAGACUUGAUUGUUUAGAUGAUGAACUUGAAAAAAACUUGAAAAGGGCAAAGUCUUCUGUAUUGCCGAAAGCCCUUCCACUGAGCUGCCGGGGAACCCAUUUACACAGGUGGAAAGUCUGUGAUUUCAGAAAACAACCUUCGUACUUGUUACCAUUGAAAGUGGCUAUGUGCAACGCCAUCCUUUACAGAUUCUUUUUUCAAGGAAUGCAUUUCAUUGAAAUCUACCCAGGCGAUGGAUCGGUUUUCAUCUCAGAAGGACGUUGGCUGGGGAAAUAUUUCCAGUACUACUUUCUUAAUGGAAAAAUAAGACCGAAAGAACACCGGUUAUACACUACAAGCAACCUCCCUCCAGACAUGCCUAGAGCACGGUAUUCUGUGCGUUCUGUGAUCGAGCAGGGUGGAAGGUUUCUGAAGAUGUGUCACAAUACAAUGCUUUCCCAAAGUCCCCUUUUUGAAUCGUGUUGUUGGAGAGAUGACUCCAGUUCUAAUGCCCAAACUGUAUUCCCAAUGCUAUUGGCUAAAGCUACUGUCCCAGGCAAAGGAACCUAUACAGUUUAUUCUGAUAAUACAGUGCUUGCACAUUUUUUGGAUGGAGUAUAUCUUCACAUGACCUGGAAUUUUGAUCACUUUAAUAAGCAAGAACAGAACACAGAAACUGCUGAAGCUUUGCCUGUUCUUAAACGUGAUGAUUUUGGUGAGUGUGUAUUACAUUUUCCCAAUGGAUCAUCACUGCUAGUCCAGAGGGAUUUCCCAGGAGAGCAUAAAAGUUACAUCAACACAGCCGUUUCAUGGUGUAGUCAGCUUGAUGGAAAAGCUCAAAGUGAAACUCAGAUUCCCACUGUGACUGAAAAUUGGUCCGUAGGAGCUGAAAUUCAGAAAAUUCAGAGGUUUCAAUUUUUACUGGAGAAUAGCAGCUUAAUGGCCCGCAAAGGUUCUACUCAUCUCAGCGAAGAGCCGGGUCCUGAUGAAAGCUGUCUGCAAGAAAAAGCCACUGAAAUUAAUAUCCAGGCUGUUCUGGAAAAGACAUCAAAAGCUAUACGAGAUAUUGAAUUAUUGCUUUCCUCCAGAAAGUAAUAACUAUGGAAUGUAAAUAAGUUGGUGCAGGUCUCGCGGCUAUGAAGAAAUUCAUACUGUGUACUGAACACCCUUUAUAGACAUAAAUUGUUUUUAUGAUAGAAAUGAAGGAUGUUUUCUGCAAGAUGAUGUUUUGCUUUCUGUUCUUGGUUGCUAGCAAAAACAUGUCUGUAUACAUCCUACUGGGUAAUCAUGCAACAGAAUAUCAAAGAUAAAUAUGUAUGUAGUAAUGUUAUAUUUGUGUAAUAAAUUUUAUACAGUGUUUAUAUAUAA